AUGGCGGCUGUUCCACCCAAUCUCACUGUUCCACAGGAAAAAUCACCUUUGGUCACCAGAGAAGGAGAUACGAUAGAACUACAAUGCCAAGUGACUGGAAAACCUAAACCCAUCAUCCUUUGGACUAGAGCAGACAAAGAAGUUGCUAUGCCAGAUGGGUCAAUGCAAAUGGAAAGUUAUGAUGGAACACUGAGAAUUGUGAAUGUAUCUAGGGAAAUGUCAGGAAUGUACAGAUGUCAGACUAGCCAGUACAAUGGAUUUAAUGUGACACCAAGGGAAGCAUUGGUACAACUCAUUGUACAGUAUCCCCCUGCUGUGGAACCAGCAUUCCUGGAGAUAAGGCAAGGACAGGAUCGAAGUGUCACAAUGAGUUGCAGAGUGUUGAGAGCCUAUCCUAUCCGGGUGCUGACCUAUGAGUGGCGCUUGGGCAAUAAGUUGUUACGGAUGGGUCAGUUUGAUUCACAAGAAUAUACAGAGUACACAUUGAAGGAUCUAUCCAACGAAAACUAUGGGAUUUACAAUUGUAACAUUAUAAAUGAAGCUGGAGCUGGGAGAUGCAGCUAUCUUGUUACAGGAACAGCAGAGGAACCCAGCAAGUGUGCUGCUCUGGGAGAGCACUGGGUGAGUGAAAUGUGGGAAUUGGAGCAGGCCCACGGUGGAAGUACCAGCUACAGUCGUGAUCGAGCCCCAGGCCUCUCAGCCGAGGAUUGGAGUCUGUCAAAGCUACAGGAGACACCAGAACAGAGCCUGCAGCUGUAG